AACUUUUUCAAAAUUUGAAAAAACCCUUAACGCCCUCCCUUCAUAUUCCGCUCCCUCUUCUUUCUUUUUUCACUCCUUAAAACUUAUAUAUAUUCAGUCUUCUUUCGAAACACCAGUUGGGUUUUUGCUUUUUCAGAUCUGUGUCGUCUCUCUUUUUAACAGAUUUGAAUCUGUAACUAAAAUGGACUCACUCCCUGAUGCCAUUGUUCAUUACAUUUUAUCACAUAUGAAUAAUGCUCGAGAUGUAGCAACAUGUAAUUGUGUAUCCAAGCGAUGGAAGGACUCGAUUCCUUACCUUAGAAGCCUGUAUUUCCCUCGAAACUCUUUCGACAACCACACUAGUAGUGACAGUCCUGAUACUAUUGUAUGGAAGAUGAUUUCAUCCAUUGUUUGCUUGGAGGAGCUCGUUGUGUAUAGCCCAUUUUCUAGUGCUGGCCUCGCCUCAUGGCUAUCGCUUGCAGGUUCAACACUUAAGCAUCUGGAGCUUCGAAUGGAUAAUCUUUCCGAAUAUCAGCACUGUCUUGAGAGGCCUUCCAAAUUGGAUUGCAUUAGUAGUGCAAAGAAUUUGGAGUCCCUAAAGCUUUGGGGUGUUCUAAUGAUUAAUUCACCCAGUUGGGAUGUUUUCCAUAAACUUCAGAACCUUGAAAUUGUUGGUGCGAGACUGAAGGAUCCAGCAUUGUCCACUGCCCUUGGGGCUUGUCCUAAUUUGACUAACUUGUUGCUGCUUGGCUGCGAAGGGGUUACGUCAGUUUCAAUUGAGUUACCGCUUUUGGAACGGUGUAAGCUGGAUUUUUAUGGCUCGGGUAACAGCUCGCUUUCUCUCUCUUGUCCAAAAAUUGAAUUCCUUGAGAUACAAGGCUGUAGUUGGAUUAGGGUUCAAGAGACAGAAUGCUUGAGGAAUCUUUCAAUUUCCAAUAAUGCUGGGAGAGUCUACAUGGUAGAUUUUGGGAAACUGGAUGCCCUUGAGUCCUUGACCAUGAGAGGGGUCCAGUGGUGUUGGGAUGCAAUAAGCAAAAUGCUUCAAUGGGCUAGUGAGGUGAAGCAUCUCUACAUGAAGGUUGAAUUCACUGGAGACUUCGAUACCCUUCAGCCCUUUCCAGAGGUUGAUUUUGUUGAUUUCUUCAAUACUCAUCCGAAGCUGCAGAAGUUUGAUAUCCAUGGGGCUAUGUUUGCCGCUCUUUGCCAGAGAAACAGCCUGAAAAAUGUUGAAUCAGGGUUUGUGAUUCAAUGUUUGGAGGAAGUAGUAGUCACAGUGAGAUCACCAUUAAAUGCUGAACAGAAAAUGAGCACUCUUGAGUCCCUGUUGAAGUAUGGUAAAAAUUUAAAGGCAAUGGUAAUAAGAAUUCUUCAAAUGAAGAGCAGCCACAGCAGUUCAGAUGAUUUCUUUGACGAGAUUUGCAGGUUUAGAUGCAUUAACCGCAAGAUAGUUCGAAUUCAAUAGAGCUCACAUGUGGCAAGUCUAUU